CGGUGAUUCAAACCAGGGUAAAGAAACACGAGCGGGAUGAAGCGGUCAGAUAAUUCCGAUAAUGAUAAGGAAAUCAAGAAACAGAAGUUGCUGCAAGAGCUUGGAGGACUGCAGAUACCGUAUCUAACACCUGCUGAUGAAGGCUUUCAGCAGCUGUGGAAGACCAAGUACUCCAAACUAGCCCUGAAGGAAGCCCACAGCACUCCUCUGGAGCUGCAUAGCCAGGUCCAGACAGCGCUCUCCAUCCUCCUGGAGCGCGGCUGCUUGUUCCGGGACCUGGUCCAGAUGAAAGGUAAAGACAUGUUCACACCGGUGUCCCGCGUUCUCAUUGGAGCCCCGGGACACACCUACAAAUACCUGAACACCAGACUGUUCACCAUCCCCUGGCCUGCUUCUGGCGCAGUGGUCAGGUACUGCGACGAUGAGGUGGCCAGAGCCUGCCAGGCUGUGAAAGACCUCAACGACUACCUGUGCGUGGAAGCAAAGAGGUGUCUGACACGGCGUGAAGGAGCGCUGAGUGCGGCGGAGACGACCGCAAAUGUCACGAGGGAAAUGGAAAGAGAAACAAAUAACAGAACUGUGUUUAACGUGGCGCUGUUGAAUUACAUGGACCCCGCUGCAAUGAGCUACUUGAAAGAGGAGCCAUACUUUGGCAUGGGGAGGAUGGCGGUGAGCUGGCAUCACGAUGAGAACCUGGUGGAUCGCUCCCCGGUGGCGGUGUACAGCUACAGCUAUAAAGACACAGAGAGCUGCUCCGCGGAAGGGGACGAGAAACCAGUGUCUGGGCGGGACUGCACUGUGUGGCGUAUUGCUCUGAAGGUGGCCUGGGACAUCCACACUGCCGGCCUGGCACUGCCCCUCCACUCUGGUGACUGCUACUUUAUGCUUGAUGAUCUGAAUAUGACCCACCAGCACUGCGUCCUCGCUGGGGCCCGGCCCCGAUUCAGCUCCACACACCGCAUGGCAGAGUGCUCAGCCGGUACGCUGGAAUACAUUUUUGGCCGCUGUCAGGUUGCUCUGAACAACUUGCACAAAGACCCAAGCUCAGAACGGCCAUCGCUGGUUUCUCUGGAGGUGUCUGUUCUGAAACAAGCUGAAGAAAUUCAUAACGAGGUGGAGUUUGAAUGGCUCAGGCAAUACUGGUUUCAAGGCCGACGCUAUGCAAAGUUCAGCGACUGGUGGUGCAAACCCAUGGAGAGGCUGGAAGAGCUCUGGAGAGAAAUGGAGCUGAUGACCUGGCUCGUGCUUUGCACAGUGGAAGGUGAAGGAUGUCCUGCUGCAGACAGACGUGAGGCUGUGCAGGGUGUCCUCCCACUCCUGGAAGAGCGAAACCAGCUCCGGCAGCACUGGAGGGCCAGGUGCCAGUCCAGACUUGCCAAAACAUUACCAGCUGAUGAAGAACCUAUAUGCCACCCUUACUGGAGUGAUCACAACGCUUCUAUGCCAUUGCCAUUCGACCUGCAAGAAAUAUUAUCUCGCCUAGAGGACAUUGUGAGCCCCACAGGGCUUUGAAGAGUGGCACUGAAGCGGCUUCCUGCUGCGUGUGGGUCUGUCAGCCAGAAUGGAUUGCUGAAGACACCCGUCAGCAUGCUUUUAGACAAUACCCAUCAGCUCUGAAAGGGCUGUGCAGUGUGAGGCCAACAGAAACACUACAUUCUUACCUGCAGUCACAAUUCUAGGUUAAGUUAGUGGUUGAUUGAUACAAGAAAGAAAAACAAAAUGGUAAUGGCAGUAUGGCACUGCUAUAGACCUUUUUUUUACGAUUACACCAAAAGCAAUACAUGGUUACCGAUCCUUGCAUUUUAAAAGAAAUAAAUAAUAAUGAAAAAAAAUAUGACUAUAACUACAGGAGUGGCUGAUAGAGACCCAAGUGUGCUACAAGCUAGAACCGAAUUCAAGCACAGCCAGCAUCAAUGAGCAACGACUGCUAAAGCUGCAAUGUGAAGCUAUAUAUAACGUGGUUGAUGGUCCCUUGGUAUGCAACAGAUUGUCUGCAUAUCUUUCCCACUCUGCCCGAAACCAAAUGCGGAUUUGAGGAACAUGAAGUCCUGCUAAAAUCCUUUCACCUUUGUGUUAAUACUGGCAAGCUUAUGUCCACUCCAGCCACCCACAGCUGACCUCUUGUCGCUUUUAGGAUAUAUAGUUUGCAGAUCUGUAUCCUGUUACAAGUUGAGACAGAUACUCAUCUCUGCAAUCUGGUUUCUCAAAAGAAGCAAUUGGUUGACCAUCUGUGACAGUUAAUGACAGCCUCCCAGUAUUGAUUAUUUCAAAGCAUCUAAAAGCAAACAGUUGAGAAGCAUUGUUUCAUUGAUAAGGUCAAGUAACUGAUGUCCUUACUGAUAAAAGGUUCACUGUUAACUUGCUUACUGUACAGCACGACGCUGAUGAAGAACAUCACUUAUCAGCUGUGAACUGUGUCUGCAAAUCUGAAAAGCAGGAAUGUUUUAAACAAGAGCACUGUUCACUGCUUCCUAAUGAACAAGCUUGGCGCUACAGCCUUUACUGUGGUAUAGUGCAUUUAUGACCUCUUGGUUUGGACUCAUACUGAUACUCAUACUCUUACUCAACAAUGCACAAGAAAUAGCACAUUUAAUUUGCAUUUACAAAUGAAUCCCACAGCCCGCCUUUGAGACAGCCGUUGUGCUCAUUAUUGGUUGGGGCACUUGUUCCACAUGUCAUUGCAUUAUAUUCCUCUUGAAUUCAGAUUUAUCUUGGUAGACCGGAUGCCCCUCGCUUGUGGUGCAGUUGCCAACUCCAGUUUAGUCGUUUCUCCAUCUUCUCACCUAAGUGAUAAACAGAUUAUUUUCUGUGACGAGAGGUCCCUGUGGGGAUUUCCAAAGCAAACAAACACAAGAGUAUACAGGAAACGCACAAGGCUAUCAAAGUGAUUACUAAGUAAUGACACUACAGCUCUCUCCUGGGCUCUAUGGAGGAUGACGGUAUCUUGAUAUCUUAAUGAAUACCUAAAUAAUAAAAAGACAGGUCUCGUGGAAAUUGUAAUGCAGCACAAAGCCUAUUCUUGCUUUUGUUCAUUCUAAGGUGUAUCUGUUAUGAUAUAUAUCUCUUGCAAUCGAAUCUUUCAGAACUGUUACAGGAGUGACCAUAGCACUGACACAGGGUUAAUUAUACACAACAUUAAAGAUCUUAAACAGUUAGUGAUUACAAACAUGGUACUAUUGUUUCCAUUAAUGUUGACUUGUACCGGUGAGGAAUUUGGAACAUUAUCUGUUUACUGUGCAUGAAAUGAUAAACAUGGCAAAAAUAAGGUAUACUUGAGUGUUCAGGAAUGUGCAAUAAACAGAAAAAUACAAAAAUAAUACAGUACCCUCAUCUACCUGUAAGAACAAAAUCCAGUUGAAUUGUGUGGAGUUUAUUAUGAGUGUUAAACUUGCAUUGAAAUAUCUGUUGUACUUCAUAUACCAUUGAAGCACAAAAGAAACUGUAGCUCAGUGCGGUGCAGAGCAUUGCUCUCUGUAAUCACAGUGCUGUAGCUCAGUGCGGUGCAGAGCAUUGCUCUCUGUAAU